GAUCCAUCAAAGUAAUCUUACUACAUCAACUAGUUCAAUUUCUUUUGUUGGAAGAGGCCUAAUCGACUUCAGCAUAUCAGACAUAACUUAAUUGAUUUAAACUUGAUUUGGGUUGUAACACUGGUUGAUAAACUCUAUCAGGGCAGAUAACCUAAACUAUAAAAAGUAGCAGCUUCCAGAAAUUCAAAUGACAAGCAUAAACAAUAGAGGAUCCUCCGCCAUGGCAUUCAAUUCCGAAUUUCAUUCACGUCUAGAAUUUCUUUUCUUUUUGUCAGUCAUUGUUCACAUAUGUUGCCAGAUGAGCCCCAUCUAGAAAUUGUACAACUUCUUCCAAUUACCUCUUUUCUGCAAUAAGCUGCUUCAGAUCAAAAUAUAUACAUUAUUAUCAAUGGAAAACUUUGAUGAAGUGGGACCUGCUUUUGUGGAAUCCGUUAUAUUAUUGCAAACACACUGGUUUUCAGUAACUAGCUUUUCAGUAUUCACUCAUGAUCCAAAUCGUGUGAACGACUGUUAUGGGGCUUCAUCGUUCGAGCUUGUCAUUCGAAUCGGAUAUAUCGAAAUUCUGGCGAACAGCGGAUUUAUUGGUUCUUUGGAAAUCCAAAGAAUUAAUUCUAUCUGUCGGGUCUGCUUUGCAGAAUUUACCAAAGCAGAUAUCAUCAAGGCUGAGCUACUAAUCCUGAAGGACACGACAACUAUAUGCCAGUUUGGCUUGUUACUUAACAAGUACAAAGGACACUUUGAAAAUCAAUUCUCAAAAAGAGUAGAUAGUAACAAGGUCUGGGGAAGAGAGCUCUUUUACCUUAAACAAGUGCGUAUGGUAUGUAUCAUGAUCAGAGCAAAAGCUUGCCUUAAUCAUAUGAACGUGAUUCGCCUUGUUUACAAGGAUCCUCGAAGAAAAAGCCAACUCUUUCAAGUCAUACGUUCGAGCAUCAAAAGAAAACUAGACUAACGUUGGCUACAUCCGAAAAUCCCCUGACAGCAAAGACAAAGCAACAAGAACAAAGCUGAUUAUGUGCAUGGCCCAACGACUUAAAAAUCAAUAUUAUUGUCGAAAGAUCUUUG